AUGACCUCACAAAUCACCGACCAGCUAGCAGCAACCAAGCUGAACGAUGCCCCAUCGGAAGCCAACUGGAAGGAGGGACUGACAGCCCCUGCGAAAGACGCACGGCCACAGACUGAAGAUGUAACCGCAACCAAGGGCCUUGAGUUUGAAGACUUUUUUAUCAAGCGCGAGCUUAUGAUGGGCAUCUUCGAGGCAGGCUUCGAGAAGCCAUCGCCUAUCCAGGAAGAGACAAUUCCUGUUGCCCUGACCGGACGAGAUAUCCUCGCGCGAGCGAAGAACGGUACCGGAAAAACUGCAGCCUUCGUUAUCCCCACUCUCGAGCGCGUAAACCCAAAGAACCCAAAGACACAGGCGCUCAUUCUUGUGCCUACUCGAGAACUGGCUCUUCAGACUUCUCAAGUCUGCAAGACUCUAGGAAAGCACUUGGGUAUCAACGUCAUGGUUUCCACGGGAGGAACAGGACUCAAGGACGAUAUCAUCCGACUGAGCGAACCAGUCCACAUCAUUGUUGGAACGCCCGGAAGAAUCCUGGAUCUUGCGGGCAAGGGCGUUGCCGACCUUACGGCUUGCCAGAUAUUCGUCAUGGAUGAAGCUGAUAAGCUGUUGUCUCCUGAAUUCACGCCCGUCAUCGAACAGCUUCUUGGCUUUCAUCCCAAGGAUAGACAGGUGAUGCUGUUCAGUGCUACCUUCCCUAUUGUCGUCAAAGACUUCAAGGACAAGCACAUGAACUCGCCAUACGAGAUCAACCUGAUGGAUGAACUGACACUGCGCGGUAUCACGCAAUAUUACGCGUUUGUUGAAGAGAAGCAGAAGGUGCACUGCUUGAACACUCUUUUCAACAAGCUGCAAAUCAACCAAUCGAUCAUCUUCUGCAACUCUACCAACCGUGUCGAGCUACUCGCCAAGAAGAUUACCGAGCUUGGUUAUUCCUGCUUCUACUCGCACGCCCGGAUGCUUCAGCAUAACCGCAACCGCGUGUUCCACGAUUUCCGUAACGGCGUAUGCCGAAACCUUGUCUGCUCAGACUUGUUGACUCGUGGUAUCGAUAUUCAAGCCGUGAAUGUUGUCAUUAACUUCGAUUUCCCGAAGAAUGCUGAAACAUACCUGCAUCGCAUUGGUCGAUCUGGUCGAUUUGGACAUUUGGGUUUGGCCAUCAACCUGAUCAACUGGGAGGACAGAUUCAAUCUGUACAGGAUAGAGCAAGAGCUCGGUACUGAGAUUCAGCCCAUUCCCCAGGUAAUCGAGAAGAACCUCUACGUGUACGAGUCGCCCGACACAAUCCCCCGCCCUAUAUCCAAUUCGCAGCCGCGUCCUCAGGAUCAAGUUCAGCGCCAACCCCAGGAAGGAGAUGGCAGCAUGGCGCGAGCCCAAGGCCGACAAGGCUACCGCGGCGGCCGUGGCGGUGGUGGACAGUAUCAAGGACAGCGCCGUGGCCCUUCGCAGGGACAGAACAUGCCGCCUCAACAGACUCAGCAGAACCAGCAGCGUCAAAAUGGUCACAACCCGCAACGCAACCCUAGGCAACCGCCUGCUGGGCCAGCUUAG